CUUUCCUGCCGGGACCUGCUGCAUCCCAGUUUUUCCCUCCAGCAGCUGCCCCGGGGAGAAUUAUCCCACAUCCUCCCUGCACUGAUGGAUGCUUGUGCUCACUGACCUACCCCGAUCCCAAAUCGCUCCCCAGGCCCUAAUCCCGGGGUUGGGAACGCCGGGCGGUUCCGUGCAGUCCGAGGUGCCGUCCCAUGGGAUGGGGAGAUGGGAAUCGCGGGAUUUUAGGGAGGGACAGAGUUAAAGGCGGGGAAGGAGGCUUUCCUCCUGGCACGUGGCUCCAUGUCAGCCGGCAGAGGCAACGCAGGGAAAGCGCAGGAGGAAUUCACCGGGAGCAGGGAGACGCUGCUUAGAGAGAAACCGGUGUUUGGAUCCUGGCAGCCAAGCUGAUCCCGGGCAGCAGAGCCGGUGGCGGUGCCGGCGGACGUGCUGACCAUGUUCAACGGGGAUGCCAGCUCCUCAUCCGCCAGGAAUGUGGUGCGCAGCUCCAGCAUCAGCGGCGAGAUGUACAACCUGGAGAAGAGCGCGCGCGGCAGCGCCGACUCCGUCACCGUCACCGCCAGCAAGAAGCGGCGCUCCAGCCUGGGCGCCAAGAUGGUGGCGAUUGUGGGGCUGUCCCAGUGGAGCAAGAGCACCCUGCAGCUCAACCAGACUGAGGGAGGCCCCAAAAAGCUGCGCAGCACCAUCCGCAGGAGCACCGAGACCGGCAUCGCGGUGGAGAUGAGGACCAGGGUGACCCGGCAGGGCAGCCGGGAAUCCACGGACGGCAGCACCAACAGCAACAGCUCCGACGGCACGUUCAUCUUCCCCACCACCCGGCUGGGAGCAGAGAGCCAGUUCAGCGAUUUCCUCGACGGGCUGGGGCCGGGGCAGCUCGUGGGGCGGCAGACCCUGGCAACCCCCCCGAUGGGUGAUGUCCACGUCAGCAUGGCUGACCGCAACGGGCAGCUGGAGGUGGACGUGAUCCAGGCCAGGGGACUCAUCCCGAAGAUGGGCUCCAAGUGCAUCCCUGCCACCUAUGUGAAGGUUUACCUGCUGGAAAACGGCGUCUGCCUGGCCAAGAAGAAGACCAAGGUGGUGAAGAAAACCUGUGACCCCUCGUACCAGCAGCCCCUGCUCUUUGAGGAGAGUCCCCAGGGCAAAGUCCUGCAGGUGAUCGUCUGGGGCGAUUACGGGCGCAUGGACCACAAGUGCUUCAUGGGGAUGGCCCAGAUCAUCCUGGAGGAGCUGGAUCUCUCCAGUGCUGUCUCGGGCUGGUACAAACUCUUCCCAACCUCCUCCCUGGCCGACUCCAGCAUCGGACCCCUGACCCGCCGCCUCUCCCAGUCCUCCCUGGAGAGCUCCACCAGCCCCUCCUGCCCAUAGAGGCUGGGAUUGGGAAGGAGACAUCCAAGGAGACCUUGCAGAACUGGUCAUGGAGAGCUGUAAAUAUCCUUUUUAUUUUCUCCUUUUCAGUUUUUCAUUUUCAAUCUCCUUUUACCCCCCAAAAAAUCCGCCCUGGACGCCCUCCCCAGGAAGGGAGAGGGAGCGAGGGCAGGGGGGAAGGAGAGGCAAAAAUUCCCUCCGAGGGCUGUGACUGCCAGCAAAUCCCAGACUGUUCCCAGACCUCGUCCUGGAAGCUCCCAGGUUCUCUCCCAACCCUGCUGGGAGCAGCUCAGUCUGGCUGAGGACGAGGUUCCUUUUUCCUCCCAUUCCCUUUCCCUGCCUCUGAGGAAAAGGUGGCUUUCCAAGGGGAAAACCCCACCGAACUCAGAACAAAUCCAACUCAGCACUAUUUUUGUUUUCCAAGGAAUGUAGCAUCUUCUCUUAUGUAGCUUUGCCACGUGCUAACAACACAAUCACUGCAAUAUCCAAGAGAACUCUGGAUGGACCGGGAACAUCUGCCAGUUUCAUCCCGUUUGGUCGCUUUCCCAGCACUUUUGGUGGCCAUUUCCCUGCCUUUUUUUUCCCAGUUUUUUUGGUUUUCCCAGGAGCAUGUAGCCUGUGACCAUUGCCAAAGCAAGAGGGGACAGGGAAAGGGGCGCUUGCCUCCCCUCAGUGUCCACUGGGCUUCUCCUCGUGUCUCACUGCUGACCGCGCUCAUGUCCAGCCAAAACCAGACCCGAAGGACAGACUCUGGGAAUGCCUGACGGGAGGUGGGAGAAGGCGACCCAACGGAGCGGGAAUAGCGGGAUCCUGGCGGAUCAGCUGCCUCCCAGCCCCCUCCUUCCCGGCUGGAGGGCUGGGAUAUUCUCCUCGAGGUCUGGAAUGCUCCUUGGAGCUGAGAUGUCCUCCUUGAGGUCUGGAAUGCUCUUCUUAGAUCUUGGAUGUCCUCCUUGAGGUCUGGCUGUCCCUCCUCAGGGUCUGGAGAGCCCUGCUCAGGGUUGGGACACUCUCCUCGAGGUCUGGAAUGCUCUCCUCGAGGUCUGGAAUGAUCUCCUUGUGGUUGGCAUUCCCUCCUCAGGAGUUGGGAUACCCUUCUUGGGGUCUGGAAUAUCCUCCUUGGAGUAGGAUGCUGUCCUUAAAGGCUGUGAUUCCCUCCUCAGGAGUUGGGAUAGCCUCCCUGAGGGCUGGGAUGACCUUCCCAAGAUCUUGGAUCCCCUUCUGGAGAUGUUCUCCUUGGAGCUGGGAUCUCCUCCUCCUCUUCCAGACUGGGCCGUCCGCCUUGAGAUGUGGGAUUCCCUUCCUGGGCUCUGGGAUUCCCUUCCUGGGCUCUGGGAUUCCCUUCCUGGGCUCUGGGAUUCCCCUCCUGAGCUCUGGGAUUCCCUUCCUGAGCUCUGGGAUUCCCCUCCUGAGCUCUGGGAUUCCCUUCCUGGGCUCUGGGAUUCCCUUCCCGGGCUCUGGGAUUCCCUUCCCGGGCUCCAGCACACUCCCCUCGAGAUCUGGGGCAUCCUCCUUGGGGUUGGGACGCUUCUGGAGAGCUGGGAUGCCCUCCUGGAUACUUGAAUUCCAAGCAGGAGCGGGAUCCAACCCUGGUUCUUUCCAGGGGAACAUCUCAAAAGCAGCUCUGGAAUUCAGGGGACAGACAAAGGAGUGGAAGUUCCUUAGUGGGAUGAGUGUUUUUGGGGUUUUUUGUUUGUUUUGUUUGUUUUUCCAAGCAGCAUUUUGGUUCCCUCUGAGGGAUCCAGUUCUUGUAGCAAACCCGGGAAUUACGGAAGCUUUUUUUGAAGGUGCCUAUUGAAAUUUGCUGAAAUUACUCAGGGGAGACACCACUAGAAACUCUUGGUUUCUUCAUCAAAUAUUCCUAAAUCCAAUGACUGUCCUGAAGGAUCAGUUCCCAAGAGAGAAGGAACAAAAUCCCGACACACCGAAAGAUGAGGAGACUGGAAGAGGACAAGAGGUUGAUGGGGAAUUUCAUGGGGCUGGCUCUGACCUUCAGUCUUCACCACAAAGCACCCCACAGCACGGUUGGGGUUUUUAUAGGAUUAUUUCUUGGCAAAACCCAGAAUUCCAUGAUGCACAGAGCACAACAAACCCACAUGGGCUUCUCCUGGUGGCACCGGGAAUGAAGAACCAGCUCAGCCACAGUGGAACAAACCCAAACCUGAAGGAAAAGACUUGGGAUGAAGCUGUUCCACAAACCCAACCCCAAACCUGGUGGUCCAUAAAACCAAACCUGGGAGUCCUCAACCCCAAAUCUGGGGUCCACAAACCCAAACCUGAGGGUUCACAAAUUCAGAGCUUGGGAUUCACAACCCCAAAUCUGGGGUUCCACUAACCCAAACCUGGGAGUCAACAAACUCAACUUGGGAGUCUACAAACCCAAAUCUAAGGAAUCAUAAACCCAAACCUGACAAAUUCAAGCCUUGAGGUCCACAAAUCCCCAGAAUCUGGGGUUGUAUAACCCCAAAUCUGGGGGCCCAAAACCCCAAACUUGGUUUUCCUUAACCCCAAAUCUGGGGUUCUACUGACCCAAAUCUGGAGGCCCACAACCUCAAACUUGGGGGUUCACAAAUCCAGAUUUGGGGCAUCAUAAAUCCAAACCUGAAGGUUCAGAAAUCCAAACCUGGGGUUCCAUAACCCCAAAGUUUCACAACCCUGAAUCUUGGGGUCCGCAAAUCCCCAAACUUGGGAGUCUACAAACCAGAUCUGCAGGUCUACAAACUCAGACUUUGGGAUCUACAAACCUACACUUGGGGUUCCACAACCCCAAAACCGUGGCCAGCAGGACUCGUCUGUGCCGUGGCCGAUUCACCCGACACUGCCACAACUCAGCACCGUUGUGACCGGGACUCGGAGCUGCUGCCGUGACUUUGCCAACUCCAAGGCAAUUCCGAGAAGGGAAUUGGCCGGAUCCUGCUGAGCUGGGAUGGGGAAAAAUUCAUCCUUUUUACCCCUGUGAAGGAUGAAAGAUGAAAUCCUCCUCUGCUGGUUGGAGCGCGGGCUGCGGUUCCUGGGUGGAGACCUCUGGGAAUGUGGGAUGGCCUGAACCUCCUGUGGUUUGGGGAACAAACUUGGUGCCCUUGGGUGCUGAGACAGGAAGAAACAACAAAGAACAAAGAACUCGAUGUUCUCCCGAGCGCAGAGCAAUUCCCUGAGGCCAAUGGAAUCACGGCAAACAGAAUUCCAUGGGGCUCAACCUGGCUGAGCCUGUGCUUUUGACUCUCCAUGGGGGAAACCAUCCCAAAAGGAAAAGCUUUUCGCUCCUCCAAGCUGCCCCUCUUCCCUCUGGCUUCAGCAACUCAAUGCUGAUGGAAACCCUCCAAAUGUGCCGUGGUGGGAUGGUCCCAGAUGGAGCAGGAGUGUGGGCAGAGCAGGGAGCUGAGCAGGGACGUUCUGCUCCCGGCGUGGGCACAGCUUCCCACCCCCUCCGCAUUCCCGCGUUCCUCCAGCAGCGCUUCCCUGCUCCGUCCCUGCCAGGAACAUCCCACCAGGAUCACCCAACCAGGAUCAUCCCACCAGGAUCAUCCCACCAGGAUCAUCCCACCAGGAACAUCCCACCAGGAUCAUCCCACCAGGAACAUCCCACCAGGAUCAUCCCACCAGGAACAUCCCACCAGGAUCAUCCCACCAGGAUCAUCCCACCAGGAACAUCCCACGGCUGUGCUGUGACAGGGAGCAGGGGCGGGGGAUGAGCAGCAUGGCGCGGCCACCGUGUGCUCCCCAGGGCCAACACGAGCAUCCCUGCUUUUCUGCUGGAAAAAUCCUGGUGAAAUUCCACUGGGGAAUGAGGAAAACUCAAAUAUUUUGGCUCAUGGAUCACGGAGGAUGAGUUGGGGGUGACAAGGACAAAGUGCAGCCCUCCAUGGGAGAGGUUCUGGAGAAGUGGAAACACCAUGGAUUGCACCAAAACCCAGGAAAACAUUCCCUCCUUCCCUUCCAGCCACACAUUUCCCAGCAGGAACGACCCACCUUAAACUGGUGUGGGGAGCCCAAACUUGGGGAAGAGCCAGGAUUGUGCCACACUGGGCUUGCAACAUCAGCUCCUCAUUUCUCAACCCCCAGGACCUCGUGUCAGACGUUUUGCUUCCUCAAACAACCAGAAACACACAGCCAAGACACUCAGAAAUCCCCAACAGCCCCAUGCCAGCUCCUGAGGAAACAAACUCCAUCCCAGGAUAAAUUUCUGCACUCCAAGGUUGGUUUUUUUUGUUGUUUUUCUGGGGGAAUGUUUCCUCACAAAGGGCAUCUUUCGAUGUGCAAUGUGAUUUGCAAAAUUCCCUGGAAGGAAUUUUGAGUUUUAUGAUUUCCUCUAUUUUCUAUCAAAAAAAGAAAUCCAAAGCACUGGAUUUGCUGGGGAUUUUUUCCUGGAAAGAGGAAUUCAGAUGGAAUUAAAUCAGUUUUUCAGCCCAUUUGACACCCAGCCCCCAGCAGAGAGGAGCAGCUCCCACCUGACACUGACAGAGCUGAAAUCCAAACCCCCAGCUGUAAUCACAAGGAUGGAUUUGACAAAAAAAGCCUUGGAAUGAUACUGAAACAUCCCCUAAAAACUGACAAAAUUCACACAAAGCACAGAAAACACUCCAAGAUUCCAGGCCUGAGUUAUCCCUGCUUUUCCACCAGCCUGGAAUGGGCCAGAUUUGCCAAAACCCAGUGAAAAUUUCCAAGAAAUUGGGAUCAGUCAGAAUCCAGCUCCUGUUUCACCAUCAUCAGGGCGUGCUGAAAACCUGGGAGAGGAGGUUUGGAUGGAGUUUUCCCAAAAUCCAGCACCAAUUCCCUGAACCUACUGCCACAGGGCACUGGAGAGAGGGGGGAAAGAUUCCCUCCACCUUUCCCAGCUCUGCCAACCUUUCCUCCAGGAGCUGGCAGUUCCUGGCUCCAAUCAGACCAGGAAUUCCUCAGGAAUGGGAUCAGGAUUUCCUUGGCUUCCAGGGAAUCUCUUCUGUUCACUGCCUGACACCACAACUUGGGAAAUCCAGUCUGGAUUCCACAAUUCCCCCCUGGACUCACCAACCCCAGCAGGGCAGGAAUGAUUUUUCCUCAUACAAAAUAAUCCCUAAAAAACUGCACCAGGAAUGUUUUUCCAGGUGGAAAAUUUUUCUUCCAGUUGACUCAGAUGCUUCUUUCUGGAUGGAUGGGAAAUGCCUGGAUGUGGGAACCUCUGGAAGGUGUGGGAUUGGUUUGGAAAAGAACAGAAUUGUGCAGACCAAGGAACAGUGGCCAAGCUGAAUCCAACCUAAAUGUGUUUUUCCUCAUGGAUGGGAAGAGCUCUCCCUGCUUUCCCUCGGGAUUUCACAGCUACAGAUGGAUCUGGAGAAUUCCCUGCAGGAACAGCAGGGUUUGCAUCCCACUCUGGUGAGGGCAGCACAGCCUUUUCCAAUAUUUUUGUAGCAAACCUGUUCCAACUGGAAGUCUUCCCUCUCUCCAUAGGAUCCCAGGCUGGCUUGGGUGGGAAAGACCUUAAAAUCCAUCGAAUUCCAGCCCCCCAGAGCCUGCUCCCAGCCCCAUCCUGGGACACCUCCAGGGACAGGGCAGGAUUUCUUUUUCAUGGAGAAACCCCUCCCAAUCCUUGGCUGGUUGGUUAAAGGUGUGAAAAUCACUUUUAGGAGUUCAAAAGCUGCAGGGAUUACUUUUUUUUGGGGAAAAAAAAAA